ACAAUGUGCUCUACCUCUGAUCUCAAGCACAUUACCUUCUUUCUUCCUCUCUCCUGCCUUUCCUCCCCUUUUCCUUCUCCUUCCUCCCUUUUAUCCUGAAUUUCUCUCUCUCACGGGAGGAUAUCACCGGAAUCAUCAAAGUAAUUCCCGAGCACUGUCGACAGAUCUUUCCAGUAUGUUGGGUAUCUCUAAAACAGCAUCAAUUAAUAUGGGCAAGGCCUACAAAUCUCUAGUCACCAAUGUCACCAAAUGGUGCCCUGAUAAUCAUAAAGCUCUAUACCACAAAACGGAAGAGGAAAGAAAGAUAAAAGAUCGCGACAAGGCACAUAAGGCCGCAAAUGGAAAGAAGCAAAUGGAGAAAUCUGAAAAUGAUGAGGAUUCGAUAAGAAGUGCAGAUGGUGAUCGGAGCAUCGACGAAAACUUCUUUUCACGUCCGUUUUCUCUUGCAAAGAGCUUAAGUAGGAGAAGCCGAACACCUUCGGCUAGAUCGUCUUCCUCUGGCCCUCUGUCAAAGAGCCAGAGCAGGGAUAGCCUGGGAGAAUCUGAUAGCCAUGGUUUAUCAGGAAGCGAGAGUCGAAACUCCCCUUCCUCUUUUUUAAGAAGCAAUAGUCAGAGAAGCAAGUCAGUAAUUCAAAGGAGGCCAUCAGAAGAAAUAGAAAUACCCAGCUUGUCGAGAAGAACGAGCAGGAGUGCUAAUCUUAUUAAGUUCUCUCACUCCAUAGCACGGAGGAGACCUCCACCAGUCGAGAAAAAGCUUGAUUGUACGCUGGAGGAGCUGUGCUUUGGUGGCGUUAAAAGGAUCAAGAUCACUAAAGACGUCGUCUCAAAAGAAGGGUUUAUUCUGCAGGAAGGUGAGACAUUGAUAAUAAAGUUGAAACCAGGAUGGAAGAAAGGAACAAAGGUUACCUUUGAAGGGAAGGGCGACGAGAAACCAGGAUACCUCCCUGCAGAUAUCAUCUUUGUGAUAGAAGAACAGAGGCAUCCCCUGUUCCGGAGAAAAGCUGAUGAUUUGGAGAUUGCGGUGGAGAUCCCUUUAGUCAUGGCUCUCACAGGCUGCUCACUGUCAGUGCCUCUGUUGGGAGGAGAAAAGAUAAGCUUGUCCAUAGAAGACAUCAUUUAUCCAGGAUACAAGAAGGUCAUCCAAGGCCAAGGCAUGACCAAUGCCAAAGGGAGAAGAGGUGACCUGAGAGCUACUUUUCUUGUCCAAUUUCCAGCAGAGUUGACUGAUCAGCAGCGUUCUGAAGUUUAUACCAUCUUGCAGGAUUGUACUUAUGAUUAGCACGAGCAUUUACAGUCACUAACAUUACAAGAGUUAGAUAUCUUUCAUGCAAUUCAAUUUAAAGUAUUUGUAUUGCCUGUUUAGAUUCUUUAGAAGAUGAGUGAGGCUUUUUAGUAGAAAAUAGAAAUGACAAAACAUCGAGUGCACUAGAAGCUCAUUCUUUCAUCUACAUGACCACUGUGAGUCAAGGGCUGGAGCUCUUCGGUGGAGGGCAUUGCCUGGAAAGAAAAGGAACUUCCACAACUGUACCAACUACCUCGUCUCCAACAAUCACAGUGUCUCCUUCUGAAGCUGCUUUUCUUUUGAUGUAGCCCAAACCAAAAUGAUCAGAUUCCUUCCUUCUAGUUGU